GCAAGGCCGGAUCGGUGACGGAGACGGAAUAACGACAGACAGAGCAGGGAAUCUCGCCCGGAAACCGCGUCCCGAACAGACAGAAAGAGACAGUAAGACUGCUGGCGCGGUAAAGAGGUUGUCGUUGGGUUGUUGGUCGUCGGUCGUCGUUCAGUAACCUGUGUAGAGAACGUAAUCGUUAAUUCUUUUUUUAAUGUCUGGCUCUAUGAACGAUUGUGGGAAAAGAUGCAUACUGAAAAUAAAACUUGGCGUUUAAACGACGUAUAACAAUGGCUGUACCGCCGUCUUUCGGUCUCAGCGACAUUAUUCAUCUGAACGUUGGGGGAACGAGGUUUUCAACGUCGAAGCAAACGCUGACGUGGGUGCCUGACUCGUUUUUCACUGCAUUGCUGAGCAACAGGAUCGCUAGCCACAGAGACGAGGUCGGUGCACUGUUCAUAGACAGGGAUCCAAAGUUGUUCUCCGUCAUAUUGAACUACCUACGGACGAAGGACAUCGAUUUGAAAAUUGUGGAUCUACGCACGCUGAGGCACGAGGCAGAAUACUAUGGCAUCACUCCACUGGUCAAAAGAUUGAUGCUGUGUGAAGAUUUAACUCAAUCCUCGUGCGGUGAUGUAUUGUUCUACGGCUAUCUGCCACCACCAAGUAUACCGUUGCAAGAACCUACUACCGUCGCUGCGAACGUAGGAGAUGUGUCUGUUCACGGUAGAGUUUUAUCCAACAGUAAUAAUUCUAGAGUAGAUUUACCGUCUACUUCUCAGAGUACAACAACUUGUGGGAGUUCGAGUAGUCAAAAUAAUAAUGGACAACAAAAUCCUAAAGGAACACUCAGUAGCCACGCGAGAAACUCUUCGUUGGAUUAUAGAAUCCAACAGAAAGGCUUACCACACUCGCGUACGUCGUCUCUAGAUUUAAGGCACGUUAGGAACAAUUCAGCGGACUUGAACAAGUUGUACAAAAACGACAUAAGUUUAGUAUUUGGCCCUCAACAAGUUUCGUCGUGGGUUGAUCCGUUAAGGGUUCAGAUCAUAAAGGCACACCACAAUUGGAUUGUGAUCGCUUACGCGCAUUUCAUAACGUGUUAUCGGCUUAAAGACUCGUCCGGCUGGCAGCAUGCGUUCACCAGUCCUCACAUCGAAUCGGUGAUCGAAAGAGUGGCAAUAGCGUCGAAAUUAAGCACCAGUGGAGACGUUAAAAUGGUAGCUAUUUCUUACGGGAAUCAAGUCCGAUUAUGGAGUAUUUCGGCAAACGGAAUGAAAACUAACAUUGGAACGUUUAACCUAAACGUUCGUGUGGAAUAUUUGUUUUUUAUUGGCAGCCAAUUAGUUGCUUUGUCUCCUACCGACAAAAUUGGUGUCUGGCAUGCGAUGACGCAUCAUUGGCAGAUUCAAGACGUGGUGCCAAUUUUAUCGUUUGACACAGCCGGUUCGUUCCUCCUACUGGGAUGCAACAAUGGAUCGAUUUAUUAUAUAGACAUGGAAAAGUUUCCUUUAAGAAUGAAGGACAACGACUUGCUCGUAACCGAAUUGUACCGUGAUCCGAACUACGAUCCCAUCACAGCCAUAUCCGUAUAUUUAACACCGAAAACAUCCGUCUGUGGUAACUGGAUCGAGAUCGCGUACGGCACAAAGUCUGGCAGCGUUCGGGUCAUAGUGCAACAUCCUGAAACCGUGGGACAUGGCCCGCAGCUGUUUCAAACGUUUACCGUGCACCAGAGCAGCGUGACAAAAGUAACGUUAUCAGAGAAAUACUUGGUAUCGGUUUGCUCGGAAUACAAUCACGUUAGAAGUUGGGCGGUGACAAGAUUCCGUGGAAUGAUCUCCACUCAACCCGGAUCGACGCCCGAAGCUAGUUUCAAAAUCGUAUCUCUUGAGGCGAUCGAACCUUGCGUCAGCUACAACGCUGGAAAUGAUUUUGGCCCGUUUGGAGAACAGGACGACGAGCAAGUUUUCGUUCAAAAAGUUGUGCCUGAGACCGAUCAACUGUUCGUACGUUUAGCGUCGAACGGGAGGAGAGUCUGCGUGAUUAAAUCGGUAGACGGUAGUAUCAUCAGCUCGUUCUACGUUCACGAAUGCGAGGGUAUGGGUUCAAGGCCCAGGCGUUUCAUAUUCACCGGACAUUCUAACGGUACCAUACAAAUGUGGGAUCUGACGACGGCUUUAGAACCUCCUCCGUCUUCUACACAAAAUUUGCCUGGCGGACCCACUCCAGAAGAACUUUGGAAACUGUUGGACCAAUGCGAUUUAAGUAACAGCCACUCCUCGACGCCGUGCAUCAGUCCGUGCCCGUCGCUGAUCUCAGCAGGUCCCAGUAUAAAGACCAGUAACGUGCUGUUUCUCAAUCAGUCUCAAAAUCCUGACGCAGCACCUGGACCUAGCCAAACGUAAAGGUACGAACGAGGUGCAUUCCGUAAAAAUUUCCAAGUCCCGUUUUUAUACGAUCGUUUACACUCUCAAAUAUUUGUUCGCUGACAAAAAGAAAACGACCUAACAGUUCCUGAUGUAAUGAUUUUGUUACUACUUAUAGCUUGAAUUACUCUUUAAAAGAGAAAAACAGUGUUGCUCGUGAGUGAUGCAACGUGAAAAUGAUCGAAAUAAUAAAUGGGAAACCUGUAAGCACCGUGACAGUAAGGUACUUACGAACGAGUGUGUUAGAAACAAGUAGCGUUAUUCCACACACUUCGUUUCCAUCACUCGAAAUCGCUUUAGAUUUUAUAUCGUCCUUAACGUGAACGACGUAACCUCGUGCAAACUGCAUUCUAUUCGAAGUAGUAGUAAUAAUAAUCGAAGAGUCUCGUGACUGUGUACAUUCCAAAUUACUGCGUUACAAAAUGACUGAAUUAAUUCACGUUACAGACUUCGUUCUUUUAGUACAUACACAUGUGUGUAUAUAUAUAUAUAUAUAUAUAUAUAUUGAACUUCGUCGAAUAAAUUAACGUUCUAAAAAAUAAUGUAUAAUACUUGUAUAAAUAUUUUAUUUAGCAGUUCAAAUUUUUAUACUCAGAGAGAAACUUGUUUUGUCAACAACAAAGUGCGAUUCAAAUUUACGCAUUAAUUGCAUAGGAUCGACACUCGUUUCACGAUAGAUACACAGGAUACAAUGUAGUACCAGUUUUGAAAUGAUUUCCUUCGUUUGCAUAGAAGCGUCGCGUCAGAUUUUAAACUCGUACGUACGCCUCUGCGCUCUCUUAUACUCUACUAAUCGUAAGUAGUUGAACGUUUAUAUACAUUUAUGGCAAACACUGUAAUACUGUUAUUUGUUAUUUCUGUUGUUUAAAUAAAUAGUAAGUGUAAGUGUCGUUAGGUAUCGUUACGCAUAUGUAAACGAGAAAUGAUCGAGUGAUCUCAGAAUAAAAUAUUUUUUACGCUUGUA